AUGCCAGUCGAGCGUGCCACCGGGCCUCGUGGCUUUCGACGCGCCGCCAAGGGCGCUGCAGCCGCGGCGGCUGUUCGCGAGAGGGGAGCGUCUCUGCGCACCAGGCUGGUGUACACGGUGGCUUUCCUCUUCAAUGCUGUCGUGCUGGCUGCGCUGCUGUGGGCGCUGGCCGUGCGUGAGCCCUUCCAGGAGCAAUACACGGAGAAGGCACUGGACGUCUCCAGCGGCUCGGGACGGUCCGGCAGCGACAAUGGUCGCACCACGCAUCCCCCCACGGAGCGCGAUGUCGGUGAAGAUUUCAAGGUCGCUAAGCAUCCAAUUCACAGAGCCAGAACUACUCAUACACGUAAAAGCACGUCCUCAUUUGACAAAGGAGAAAUUGACAAUCAGAUGAUUACUACUACUACAUUCAGAACCUCGACAAGGCAAAGAAAGGACGAUGCGAGUUCAGAAUGGACGGUUCCAACGACCAAUGAAACGACAGAAUAUGCAAGCACGACCUCUAUUUCCGAGGCCACAAGUAGUACAGUUCCGUCUACGACUAGUGACUACGUAGUGACCACCUUGAGCACGGAGGCCACCGACCAAACGCCAUCGUACGCGGUAACGACUACAGAGGAGACAUUGAGCUUCGACGUUGACACCAGCCCGUCUUACAAUGUCGUCUGCUACUUCAAUCACACGAGCUACAAGCGAGGCGAACCUAUGUCGUUUCGUACGGGACACAUUCCUGUGCCAUACUGCAGCCACAUAAUCUACGCCUCGGUGGGAGUCGGCGAAGAUUUCCAGCUCGUGGCGAAAGACCACGUGUUUGACGUCGAGAGAGGUGGCUUUAUAAAGUUUGCGAAGCUGAAGAGCCGCUACCGGCACGUGAGAGUGAUGGCGGCUAUCGGUGAGGACAUAAACGACUCGAAUGCCUUCCGUCACAUGUCCAAGAGCAGGCCAGACGUCUUAACGUUUGCGCGAAACGUCGCGUCGUGGCUCCGCGAGUACGAAUACGACGGCGUCGUGCUCCAGUGGAAGAUGCCCGCGGAGCGGCAAGAGGACGCUAGUGACAGGGCUUCGUGGUUCAGGAGGAAGCUGCUGGUCGUCGUCACCGCCCUUCGCGAAUCCCUGGACUCCAGGGCGGAGCUGUUCGUCGCACUGCCCAACAACGAGGAGAUUCGCCAGGCGUACUUCAACGUCGCCGAACUGGCUCGUCACGUGGACCGGUUCCUCGCCAUCGGCAACUGGGUGUUGCGUGACGGCGACAGCGACCGAGUAGCCAGGCUGACCUCGUUUCCGGAUCCUCUCAACGACGUCCUCCAGACGCGCCACUCUCUGGUCGGGGCAGGCAACGUGCCGCUGUUCCGCAAGUUCUGCUUCGUGCUGUCUGUAAGCGCCAGGAGCUACACGCUUCUCAACCCGGGUCGCCACGAGAUCCACGCCGCCGCGUCCGGGCCUGGCAAGCCCGGACCGUUCACCCGGCAGCCCGGUGUGCUGGCCUACUACGAGUUCUGCAACGAGACGUGGCCCACCGCCGAGAAAGGCACGUUCGCCUCGUACGUGGCUCGCGACGACCAGUGGGUGGGCUACCUGGACGUCAGCAACGUGCAGCGCCUGCUGCGGAUGGUGCUCUACAAGCACCGGGCGGCGUGCCUCGGCAUCUGGGACGUGUCGCUGGACGACUUUCGCGGCCUCUGUGGCGACGCAUUUCCCUACGUCAAGGCCAUCUCGGGAUGGCACGACCGAGAAUGGAAGCGUCGUCGCGAAUUUGGGUCCGGCCAUAAUAAAUGA